AUGUCUGCGGAGUCACGGCCGAUUGAUCCUGGCGCGUUUGCAGAAGCGCUUAAAGACCUGCCGCUAUCGUCUGUCUAUGCGAAGAUCGCAGAGCUCGAGAACUCGACAGCGCAUCUUGAACGCUCCAACGGCGAGCUGAAGACAUUCAUAGAGCAGACAGACGGCGGAGACAAGGAGUGCGAGGAUGCCAUCACAGAAAAUGAGGAGGUGAUCCGACGGAUGCGCGAGCGGAUUGAUCUCGUCAAGCUCGAGCUGGAGAGACGCGGCGAGCAGUGGCCGGAGGAACAAGCUGAACGUGAAGCUGAUGAGCCCGAAGACGGACAAGGGGCGAAUGGAACUGCGAGCCAGCCGCCUAGCAGUAAUCAGCAGAAUGAUGGCCCGUCAGCAAGCUCGCAGCCUGGCAUGGAGCCGGACCUGAACGGCGCGGACGACACAUCUGAAGGCGUCCAUCUCUGA